AUGUCCGCAAAUUUUUAUACUCUGCAUUCAAAGAAUUUUUCGCAGCUAUUCGAAAGCGGCAUAAACUUUGACCUCGUUCUGCGUGCAGGCGACAAAGAUAAAAGAGAAUUCAAAGUACACACUCAAAUACUGUACGCCCAAUCAACUUAUUUCCAAGUUGCACUAUCAAAAAAAUGGCUCAAAAAGAAAAAUGAUUGUUAUGUUUUUGAAAAAACCAACAUCGAAGCCGAUAUAUUUGAAAUUAUUCUAAGAUACCUGUAUACGGGUGAAGUGAAUAUAGAAAAGUGUGACGGAUCUCAGAUUCUCAAAUUGUUGGUUGCAACGGACGAACUGAACUUGGAUAACCUACUUCAAUUUGCGCAAAGUUAUCUGAUUAAAUCAAGAGCAUCAUUCAUAGUUGAACAACCGGUUCGAGUGCUCGAAUUGAUUUUCCGACUUGAGUCGUGCAAAACGCUUAGGAUCUUUUGCCUUGACGAAAUUUGCAAAAACUAUACGCAUCUGUUCGAUUCUGAUUAUAUGACAUUGGACAAAGACAUAUUCACUCAGAUCUUGCAGCAGGAUAAACUACAUAUAAAAGAAGUUGAAUUGUGGAAACGUGUUGUGAAAUGGGGCACAAGCAGACAUCCAGAAUUGAAGCCUUCUCCAACAGAAUGGUCGAUAGAUGAUGUGAAUCGAAUGAAGAAAACACUGACCGGUCUUAUGGAACACAUUCGAUUUUUUGCAAUGUCCGCAGGCGAAUAUUAUGACGAAGUCAGACCAUACAGAAAACUAUUCUCUAAAAAGUUGAGAGAAGAAAUGUUACAAUUCAUCAUGCUACCAUCCAGGAAGCCAAGCGAUAUUAAGGCAAAAGCUAGAGGCAGACCGAUAAAUUCGAGAUUGGUCGGAUAUUCUAUUAUGGCUCUGGUAGCUGGAUGGAUCGAUUCAAUGAAUACCGCCUAUGAAGAGAUCCCGUAUGAGUUUACACUUAUCUACCGGGCAAGCCGUGAUGGAUUUGAUGAUGAAAAAUUCCGUAGCAUGUGUUCCAACAAGGGUCCAACUGUUGUCAUUGCAAAACUUACGGAUCAUCCGAAUAUACUCGGCGGUUAUAAUCCUUCACAUUGGCCUGUUUAUGGUUCAGUUGGCUCUCAAACUUAUAACAAUGCAGAUGCAAGUUUUAUUUUUGAGAUGUCUGACGGAAAGUCGACUGCAGGAGCGCUCAUAGGUAGGCUCACUUAUAGUGGAAAUAAAAAUGGAUGGAAUCGUAAUAGCUCUCAUCGUAAUAAUAAUUAUUAUCGAUAUUGCUACGGUUAUGGUCCAUCUUUUGGUAGUCAUUUUUGUAUUUGUGGGCGCUCAUGGAGUUCAGAUACUUCGACGAAUAGUUAUGGGUUUUAUUAUUCAACGGCAUACAGUAUUAAAGAUGGAACUCUUGAAGAAUACGAAGUUUUUACGGUAAAUUAUAGAGAAAUUUUAAAUUGA